CCAGAGUUUGCAGUUCUCUGGUAGGGAAGAGGGGGUGGUUGAUCAGGCACAACUCGGGCAUUGUCUCCCCUCUGUGGGGACUCUCCAGCCCCUGGGCUGCUUCCCAGCCAGACAGUCCCCAGCAGUGCUGGGAGCAUGGCCUAGGGAAGGUGACACCACCGUGCAGUGGCUGGGCUUCCCAGGGACUGUGGACACCCGAGGCCUCCGUCUGCAAAGAUGGCUCCUGCCAGGCUCACCAGGGUGCUGCUUGCUCUGGUCCUCACCUUGCCAGGGACCUUCUGCUCAGAAGGGACUCAAGACAGGCCCUCGAGGGGCCGGUGCAGCCUCUUUGGAAGUGACUUCAUCAACACCUUUGACGGGAACAUGUACAGCUUCGCGGGAGAUUGCAGUUUCCUCCUGGCAGGGGACUGCCAGACACACUCCUUCUCCAUUCUGGGAGUCUUCCAACAUGGUGAGAGAGUUGGUCUCUCCGUGUAUCUUGGGGAAUUUUUUGAUAUCCAUUUGUUUGUCAAUGGCACAGCGCUGCAGGGGGACCAGAGAAUCUCCAUGCCCUAUGCCUCCAGAGGGCUGUAUCUGGAAACCGAGGCUGGGUUCUAUAAGCUGUCCAGUGAGGCCUAUGGCUUUGUGGCUAGGAUUGACAGCACUGGCAACUUUCAAGUCCUGCUGUCAGACAGAUACUUCAACAAGACCUGUGGGCUGUGUGGUGAUUUCAACAUUUUUUCUGAAGAUGACUUUAGGACCCAAGAAGGGACCUUGACCUCGGACCCCUAUGACUUUGCCAAUUCCUGGGCCCUGAGCAGUGGGAAACAGAGGUGCCAACGGGCAUCCCCUCCCAGCAUCCCUUGCAACAACUCCUCGAGGGAAAUGCAGGAGGUCCAGUGGGCACAGUGCCAGCUGCUGAAGAGUGCCUCGGUGUUUGCCCGCUGCCACCCGCUGGUGGACCCCGAGCCCUUUGUGGCCCUGUGUGAGAGGAGCCUGUGCCCCUGCCCUCAGGGGCUGGCGUGUGCCUGCCCUGCCCUGCUGGAGUACGCCCGGACCUGUGCUCAGGAGGGGCUGGUGCUCUAUGGCUGGACCGACCACAGUGCCUGCCGCCCAGCCUGCCCUGCUGGCAUGGAGUAUAAGGAGUGUGUGUCUCCGUGCGCCAGGACCUGCCAGAGUCUGCCCGUCAACGAAGUGUGUCAGGAGCAGUGUGUGGACGGGUGCAGCUGCCCUGAGGGACGGCUUCUGGAUGAAGGCCGCUGCGUGGAGAGCGCCGCGUGCCCCUGUGUGCAUGCGGGGAAUCGGUACCCACCAGGGGCCUCCCUCUCGCAAGACUGCAACACCUGCAUUUGCCGGAGCAGCCUGUGGAUCUGCAGCAACGAAGGAUGCCCAGGGGAGUGUCUCGUCACCGGCCAGUCCCACUUCAAGAGCUUUGAUGGCAGGCACUUCACCUUCAGUGGGAUCUGCCAGUACCUGCUGGCCCAGGACUGCCAGGAUCAUUCCUUCUCCAUUGUCAUAGAGACAGUGCAGUGUGCUGACGACCCCGAUGCCAUCUGCACCCGCUCUGCCACGGUGCGGCUGGCCGGCCUGCAGGGCAGCCUGGUGAAGCUGAAGCAUGGGGGCGGAGUCGCCGUGGACGGCCAGGACAUCCAGCUGCCGCUUCUGCAAGGUGACCUCCGAAUCCAGCACUUGGUGACGGCCUCCGUGCGCCUGAGCUACGGCGAGGACCUGCAGGUGGAUUGGGACGGCCGCGGGAGGCUGUUGCUGAAGCUGUCCCCUGCCUACAUCGGGAGGACCUGUGGCUUGUGUGGGAAUUACAAUGGCAACAAGGGCGACGACUUCCUCACCCCCGCGGGGCUGGCGGAGCCGCUGGUGUCCGACUUCGGAAACGCCUGGAAGCUGCGUGAGGACUGCGGGGACCUGCAGGCCCAGCCCCGCGACCCCUGCUCUCUCAACCCGCGCCUGGCCAGGUUUGCAGAGGAGGCCUGCGUGCUGCUGAAGUCUUCCAAGUUUGAGGCCUGCCACCAAGCCGUGAGCCCGCUGCCCUACCUGCGGAACUGGCGCGAGCCCGGCUUCUGUGCCCCGCGCUGCCCUCUGGGCCAGGUGUUCCUGCAGUGUGGGGCGCCCUGCAACCUGACCUGCCGCUCCCUCUCGUUUCCUGAUGAGGACUGCAGCGAGGUCUGCCUGGAGGGCUGCUUCUGCCCGCCGGGGCUCUUCCAGGAUGAGAGGGGGGACUGUGUGCCCAAGGCCCAGUGCCCCUGCUACUACGACGGCGAGAUCUUCCAGCCUGCAGACAUCUUCUCGGACCAUCACACCACGUGCUACUGCGAGGAUGGCUUCAUGCGCUGUACUGCGAGCAGGGCCCCCAGGAGUCUGCUGGAUGUGGGCCUGGGCAGCCCCCCGUCUCACCGCGGCAAAAGGAGCCUGUUCUGUCGGCCUCCCAUGGUCAAGUUUGUGUGUCCUGCUGACAACCCACGGGCGGAAGGCGUGGAGUGUGCCAGGACGUGCCAGAACUACAAUCUGGAGUGCAUGAGCACCGGCUGUGUCUCCGGCUGCCUCUGCCCCCCGGGCAUGGUCCGGCAUGAAAACAGAUGUGUGGCCCUGGAGAGGUGUCCCUGCUUCCACCAGGGCAGGGAGUUUGCCCCUGGAGAAAUGGUGAAGAUCGGCUGCAACACCUGUGUCUGCAGGGACCGGAAGUGGAACUGCACAGACCAUGUGUGUGACGCCACAUGCUCCACUCUGGGCAUGGCCCACUACCUCACCUUUGACGGGCUCAAGUACCUGUUCCCCGGGGAGUGCCAGUACGUCCUGGCGCAGGACCACUGUGGCGGGAACCCCGGGACCUUCCGGAUCCUGGUGGGGAACGAGGGCUGCAGCUACCCCUCCACGGAAUGCAGGAAGCGCGUCACGGUCCUGGUGGAAGGAGGCGAGAUCGAGCUGCUUGAUGGGGAGGUGAGCGUGAAGAAGCCCAUGAAGGAUGAGACACACCUUGAGGUGCUAGAGUCUGGCCGGUUUGUCAUCCUGCUGCUGGGCAGAGCCCUCUCCGUGGUCUGGGACCGACGCCUGGGCGUCUCCGUGGUGCUGAAGCAGACAUUCCAGGAGCAAGUGUGCGGCCUCUGUGGGAAUUUUGAUGGCAUCCAGAACAAUGACCUCACCAGCAGCAGCCUCCAAGUGGAGGAGAAUGCCGUGGACUUCGGGAACUCCUGGAAAGUGAGCCCGCAGUGUGCGGACACCAGCAGGGUGGUGCUGGAUAUGUCCCCUGCCACUUGCCACGACAACAUCGUGAAGCAGACAAUGGUGGAUUCCUCCUGCAGAAUCCUCACCAGCGACAUUUUCCGGGACUGCAAUAAGCUGGUGGACCCCGAGCCCUACCUGGAUGCCUGCAUCUAUGACACCUGCUCCUGCGAGUCUGUUGGGGACUGUGCCUGCUUCUGUGACACCGUUGCCACCUAUGCCCAUGCGUGUGCCCAGCAGGGCAGGGAAGUGAGCUGGAGGACAGCCACGCUGUGCCCCCAAAGCUGUGAGGAGAGGAAUCUCUGGGACAGUGGGAACGAGUGUGAGUGGCGCUACAACAGCUGUGCGCCCGCCUGUCCGGUCACCUGCCAGCACCCCGAGCCCCUGGCCUGCCCCUUGCGCUGUGUGGAGGGCUGCCAUGCACACUGCCCGCCAGGGAAGAUCCUGGAUGAGCUUCUGCAGACCUGCGUCAAGCCCCACGACUGCCCCGUGUGUGAGGUGGCCGGCCAGCGCCUACCCCCCGGGAGGAAGGUCACCUUGAACCCAGAGGACCCUGCCCGCUGCCAGGCUUGUCACUGUGACGGUGCCAACCUUACCUGCGAAGCCUGCCAGGAGCCCGGAGGCCUGGCAGUGCCCCCGACAGAGGCCCCAGUGAGUGCUACCACCCCAUACGUGGAGGACACCCCGGAGCCGCCCCUGCAUGACUUCUACUGCAGCAAGCUGCUGGACUUGGUCUUCCUGCUGGAUGGCUCCUCCAGGCUGUCGGAGGUGGAGUUUGAGGCACUGAAGGCCUUCGUGGUGAGCAUGAUGGAGCGGCUGCACAUCUCGCAGAAGCGGAUCCGGGUGGCCGUGGUGGAGUACCACGACGGCUCCCAUGCUUACCUCGAGCUCGGGGCCCGGAAGCGGCCGUCAGAGCUGCGUCGCAUCACCAGCCAGGUGAAGUACGCAGGCAGCCAGGUGGCCUCCACCAGCGAGGUGCUGAAGUACACGCUCUUCCAGAUCUUUGGCAAAAUCGAGCGCCCUGAAGCCUCCCGUGUUGUGCUGCUCCUGACUGCCAGCUCAGAGCCCAGACAGAUGACCCGGAAUUUGGUCCGCUACGUUCAGGGCCUGAAAAAGAAAAAGGUCAUCGUGGUGCCCGUGGGCAUCGGGCCGCAUGUCAACCUCCAGCAGAUCCGCCUCAUCGAGAAGCAGGCCCCCGAGAACAAGGCCUUCGUGCUUAGCAGCGUGGAUGAGCUGCAGCAGCGGAGGGACGAGAUCAUCAGCUACCUCUGUGAGCACGCGGUGGAGGCUCCUGGCCCGGCUCCGCACACCCAGGUGGCGCAGGUCACCGUGGGGCCAGGUCUCCUGGAGGUUUUGUCCCCGGGACCCAAGAGGAAGUCCAUGGUUCUGGAUGUGGUAUUUGUCCUGGAGGGCUCGGACAGCGUUGGGGAGGCCAACUUCAACAGGAGCAAGGAGUUUGUGGCAGAGGUGAUUCGGCGUAUGGACGUGGGCCAGGACGGCAUCCACGUCACAGUCCUGCAGUAUUCAUACACGGUGGCUGCGGAGUACACCUUCCGUGAGGCCCAGUCCAAGGGAAACGUGCUGCAGCGCAUGGGAGAGAUCCAGUUCCGGGGUGGCAACCAGACCAACACUGGUCGGGCCCUGCAGUUCGCGUCCCAGCACAGCUUCUCCGCCAGCCAGGGUGACCGGGAGCAGGCGCCCAACCUGGUUUACAUGGUCACAGGAAGUCCUGCCUCUGAUGAGAUCAAGCGGUUGCCCGGGGACAUCCAGGUGGUGCCUAUUGGAGUGGGCCCAGGUGCCAAUGCGCAGGAGCUGCAGUGGGUCAGCUGGCCCGGCAGCCCCAUCUUUGUCCAGGACUUUGAGACGCUCCCCCGAGAGGCUCCUGACCUGGUGCUGCACAGGUGCUGCUCCGGAGAUGCAGUGCCGCUCCCCACCCUCCAUCCUGCCCUAGACUGCAGCCAGCCCGUGGAUGUAGUCCUCCUCCUGGAUGGCUCCUCCAGCGAUCCAGCCUCUCACUUCGAGGACAUGAAGAGUUUUGCCAAGGCUUUCAUUUCAGAGGCUAACAUCGGACCUCAUCUCAUGCAGGUGUCCGUGCUCCAGUAUGGGAGUAUCACCACCAUUGACGUGCCAUGGGACGUAGCCCAGCAGAAGGCACAUUUACUGAGUCUCGUGGAACUCAUGAGGCAGGAGGGAGGCCCCAGCUGGAUAGGGAAGGCAUUGGCCUUUGCUGUGCGAUACGUCACCUCCCAAGUCCAUGGGGCCAGGUCUGCGGCCUCCAAGGCGGUGGUCAUGCUGGUCACAGAUGUCUCUGUGGACUCGGUGGACGCGGCAGCUCAGGCCGCCAGAUCCAACCGAGUGACAGUGAUCCCCAUUGGAGUUGGGGACCGGUAUGACCUGGGGCAGCUGAGGAUCUUGGCGGGCCCAGAGGCCAGCUCCAGUUUGGUGCAGCUCCGCAGCGCAGAACAGCUCCCCGCCAUGGUCAGUGCUGGCAGUUCCCUCUUCCAAAAGCUGUGCUUUGGGUUUGCUAGAGUUUGCGUGGAUGAGGAUGGGAAUGAGAAGAGGCCUGGGGACGUCUGGACUUUGCCAGAUCAGUGCCACACAGUGACCUGCCUGCCGGAUGGCCGGACCCUACUGCAGAGUCACCGGGUCAACUGCGACCAGGUGCCCAGGCCUUCAUGCCCCAACAGCCAGUCCCCUAUUCGGGUGGAAGAGAUCUGCGGCUGCCGCUGGACCUGUCCCUGUGUGUGCACGGGCAGCUCCACUCGGCACAUCGUGACCUUCGAUGGGCAGAACUUCAGGCUGACGGGCAGCUGUUCCUAUGUCCUGUUUCAAAACAAAGAGCAAGAUCUGGAGGUGAUUCUGCACAACAGUGCUUGCGGCCCUGGGUCGACACCAACCUGCAUGAAGUCCAUUGAAGUGAAGCACGGCGGCCUCUCAGUGGAGCUGCACAGCGACAUGGAGGUGGCAGUGAAUGGGAGACUGGUCCCUGUCCCAUACAUGGGCGGGAACAUGGAAGUCAGCGUCUACGGCACCAUCAUGUAUGAGGCCAGGUUCAACCAUCUUGGCCACAUCUUCACAUUCACACCACAAAACAAUGAGUUCCAACUUCAGCUCAGCCCCAAGACCUUUGCUUCAAAGAUGUAUGGUCUCUGUGGGAUCUGUGAUGAGAAUGGGGCCAAUGACUUCAUGCUGAGGAAUGGCUCAGUCACCACUGACUGGAAAACGCUCAUCCAGGAAUGGACGGUGCAGCGGCCAGGCCAGAUCUGCCAGCCAGUGCCUGAGGAGCUGUGUCCUGUCUCUGGCAGCUCCCACUGCCAGGUGCUCCUCUCGGCAGUAUUUUCUGAGUGCCACAAGGUUCUUUCUCCGGCCACAUUUUAUGCCAUCUGCCAGCAGGAUGGUUGUCAGCAGGAGCGAGCGUGUGAGGUGAUUGCCUCCUAUGCCCACCUCUGUCGGACCAAUGGUGUUUGUGUUGACUGGAGGACGGCUGAGUUCUGUGCAAUGUCCUGCCCGCCGUUCCUGGUGUACAGCCACUGCGAGCGUGGCUGUCCCCGGCAGUGUGACGGCAACACCACCUCCUGUGGGGGGCACCCCUCUGAAGGUUGCUUCUGCCCCCCACACCACGCCCUGUUGGAAGGCAGCUGCGUCCCCGAGGAGGCCUGCAUGGAGUGCACUGGAGAGGACAGAGCCCGGCACCAGUUCCUGGAAUCCUGGGUCCCAGAGCAUCAGCCCUGUCAAAUCUGCACCUGCCUCAGUGGCCGGAAGAUCAACUGCACAUCCCAGCCCUGCCCUACGGCCCGAGCUCCCACGUGUGGCCCAUGUGAAGUGGCCCGCCUCCGACAGAGCGGAAGCCAGUGCUGCCCGGAGUAUGAGUGCGUGUGUGACCUGGUGAGCUGCCACCUUCCCCCAGUGCCUCCCUGUGAAGGAGGGCUCCAGCCAACCCUCACCAACCCUGGCGAGUGCAGACCCAUUUUCACCUGUGCCUGUAGGAAGGAGGAGUGCGGAAGCCCGUCCCUGCCCUCCUGCCCCCCACACCGGACGCCGGCCCUGCGCGAGACCCAGUGCUGUGCUGAGUACGAGUGUGCCUGUAGCUGUACCAACUCCACGGCGAGCUGUCCACUCGGGUACCUGGCCUCGACGCUCACCAAUGACUGCGGCUGCACCACCACCACCUGCCUCCCCGACAGGGUAGGGCUGCCGGGGGCUGGUGAUGGCCCCUGCCUGCUCUCCCCGCACUUCUCAAUCUGCUACAUCAAGGUCAGGUGGGGCCCAGUCAGUAUACAUCUAUUUUAUGCGCCCGACUGCAGAGAUAUCACUGCCAGACUGCAGCACGUCAAAGUGGGAGACUGUACAUCCCAAGAGAAGGUGGACAUUCACUAUUGUGAGGGCAAAUGCACCAGCAAAGCUGUGUACUCCAUCGACACCGAGGACGUGGAGCCCCAGUGCGCCUGCUGCUCGCCCACGCACACUGAGCCCCUGUGGGUGUCCCUGCUCUGCGCCAACGGCUCGGUGGUGCACCACCAGGUCCUCAAUGCCAUGCAGUGCCGCUGCAGCCCCCAGAAGUGUGGCCAGUGAGGCCAGGCCCACCAGCGCCCGAUGCGCCUUGCCCCUCACAUGCCCUGCUCCUCAUGCCCACAAUAAAGGCCACUGUCUCGCCUGUGAAAGGCUGCUGGUAUUUUGAGGCAGCUGCUGUAGGCAAGGGCUGAGCUCCUAGACUGAUCUGGGACUACGAGAGGGCCCCCCCCCCAGCUCCCGGGAGCUGGGAGAUCCCUGGAGGGUCUGGGGAGGGGCAGAGCUGAGAGGGGAAGAUGGUGUGUGGGGGGGUAAAGGGCACCGAGGGUGGAGGAGGGCAUAGCAUGGAGCCCAGAGGGUCUCUUCAGAAGCUCAGCCUAGAGGCCUGCAGUGACAGGGAUUUGCUGAGGGGCCCGGAGUUCUCCAGCGUCCCACUGGAGGAGUUUCUGUGGACAGUGGAGGGGAGCCCUCUAGCCAGGCACCCGCCACAUGGGUAAGAUUGUCUGACCGAGUCCCUGCUUCCUUGGUGGCCCUGUGGAGGGAGAGGUGUGAGGGCCGGGGGCACCCGGAGGUGGGGCUGCCCCUGGCCUGGCUCAGCCACUCAGCUCAGAAAGCCUCUUACUGGUUGUGGACUUGGUUACCUCGUCUGGAAAAUCGGAAUGGCUGUUUGACUCAUGGGUUGUAGAUACAAACAACGUGUGUCUAAAAUUGUUACCUGAAAGGCCUUCGGUAAAUGUACAUUGUGUUAAUGUAAGAACGAGAAUAAAAAAGGAGCAAGCAAGUCUGAAAGGCAGGG